UCGGCGAGGCCGCUAUAAAAGUGUGAGGGUGAAAGUCGGACAGAGACGCUUUAAACUUCAAGGGUUUCUUCUCAUAACUGUUUCAUUCCUCUCCGGACUGAGUGAUUCAUUUUUUAUUUAUAUAUUUUUUAUUCAAAUUUGCGCGUUUUUAUUUUUUUUUAUUAUAGAAACGUUUGAUCCCUGCAAACUUUAUUAAUUCUUUUUAAAAGUUCUCCUGAAGGUCUCUCUCUCUCUCUCUGAAGAUGGCAGAAGGGGAUUUCUACCCACUUGGCAGCGGUCCCUCUAGGCAGAGGAUGACCCGGGACCCGUUCUCCUCACGCUUUAUGGACCCGGACUUCUCAAUGCCCAUGUGCGCGUUCCCGGACGAACUGUCCAUGGAUUGGCCCGGCUGGGCGCGUCCCCGGCUCAGUGCGCGCUUGGGUUCUCCGUGGACGGGCUCCCUGCGCUCCUCGUUCCCACUCGGCUCCAUGAACGCGCAGUCUUCCCGAGGCUCGCCCCCGCUGGACCCCACCGAGCCGUGGAAGGUGUGCGUGAACGUGCACAGCUACAGAGCGGAGGAGCUCAGUGUGAAGACCAGGGACGGUUUCGUGGAGGUUUCAGGUAAACACGAGGAGAAACAGGACGAGGGAGGAAUCGUGACGAAAAACUUCACCAAGAAGAUCCAGAUCCCGGGGGACGUGGACCCCAUGUCCGUGUUUGCGUCUCUUUCUCCUGAAGGGGUGCUGAUCAUCGAGGCCAGGCAGACCCCGCCCUAUUACCUCUACAGUACCGAGACCCCCGCAGAGCCCAUGGAGGAUCAAACCAAACCACAGGAAGCAGCCACCGCAUAAACCCACUCAUAAACGCAGAGCUUUAUUCCUACCAGCCGUGGUUCAGCGAAUAAUCCGACCUGAAAUACGACGCCUGAAGUCUUGUGAGGAAUUAGAAUCGGUGCCGGGACUAGAGCCCAAAGCCCAAAAUGAUGUGUUUUAUUAGAGAUUCAGCUCACGGGUGGAAACGAGUCGCGUAAGAAAGUAAAUUUAGCCAAAAGCUAUUGAUCAUCCAAAAUGUAUGAAGCCAAAUCCUGAUGUGUGUUUUUCUAAGCUCUGGAAGGAAAGUGAAGGUGUGUGAGGAAUGUUCCACGUCUUUUACUGAAGGUGUGAAAGUUACGUUACGUUUGAGGGUCAAUUGAAUGCCGACACUUUAAUUGAAUUAUUGAAAAUGAUUAAUUGUUGAGGAUUCAACGUUUCACUUAUUUUUAUUAUUAUUAUUUCUUAAUUUUUGGUAGAUUGAGUUUUCCUCUGGUGAUGCAGUGUGUUUGUGUUUUGUAACUUAACAUGAAUAAUUCUUAUCAUUUUAUCUGAAUAUUAUCGGUACCGAAUUUGAUUUAUCGGAUGUAAAUAUGUUGUUUGUAACUAAAAUUCUA